AUGACUCUAAACUGUCAAACAUUUGAAGAUUUAUUUAUUUCUUCAUUCGUAAACGUUUAUAAAGCAUUUUUGUUUGAUAUUUUUGUGUUUGAUUGGAGAAAUUAUGUUUAAAAAGGUGGAAAACAAAGCGAAAUUCUCGCGAAAGCGACAACACAGUUCAUCCGAAUCUGGUUCUGAAAGCGAACCAGACACGGCUGUGGUACGGGCAAAAGCGCACAAACAAAAAUCCAAUCCAAAUAUUCAAAAGACGGCAACGAAAGCGGUGCGAAAAGGUCGCCAGCCAGCCGAUUCAACGUCAUCAUCGAGCAGUGAUGAAGCAGAAAAGGUGACCGUUUCGUAUAAAUCGACGAGAACGAGCACAAUUGAUGGGCCUAGCGAUCAAGGUGCAACAGCAACCGUUGAAAUUGACACGGAAAUCGAUCGAGAUGCACAGGCCAUUUAUCAAAAAAGUAUCGAAAUCAAUAAAGAACUUGAGGGAAAGGCCGACGAUAAAAUUUACCGUGGUUUAAACAAUUAUGCACAAUAUAUUAAGAAAAAGGAUUCGGUUCUUGGCAAUGCUAGUUCAGGAAUGGUGCGCAAAGGACCAAUUCGAGCACCGGCACAUUUACGAGCCACCGUUCGAUGGGAUUAUCAACCGGAUAUUUGUAAAGAUUAUAAAGAGACGGGCUUCUGUGGUUUCGGUGACAGUUGUAAAUUUUUGCACGAUCGUAGCGAUUAUAAACACGGUUGGCAAAUGGAACAAGAGCAUACAGGCGGCUCACAUGGAUGCGAUUCAGACGGCGAUGACACCAAAUACGAAAUUCAUUCAGAUGACGAAGAUUUACCCUUCAAGUGUUUUAUAUGUAGAGAGAGUUUCGUCGACCCCAUUGUUACGAAAUGCAAACACUAUUUUUGUGAAAAAUGUGCACUAAAUCACUACAAAAAGUCAACCAGGUGCUUCGUAUGCUCCGUCCAAACGAAUGGCGUGUUCAAUCCAGCCAAAGAACUCAUUGCAAAACUUAAAGCCGACCAAGAAGAAGCUGAAAUACAUAGUAACUCUGAUAGCGAUUGAAUCAUUCACGAAUUGAUUGAAGUGCUUAAAUAAUUUUUUUUAAUAUAAUCAAUGAGAUAUAAACAA